AUGAUUCCAUUUCCAACUCAAGGCCUUGUCAAUCAACUUCUUCAACUCGCGUGUUUAAUCACCUCAUCAUAUGAUCUUCCAGUCCAUUAUGUUGGCUCUGCCACACAUAACUAUCAAGCUCGGUUCCGAGCCAAUGCCUUAAAUCCUUCAGACAUAGCCAAAAUCCACUUCCAUGACAUUCCAACUCCAGAAUUUGACUCACCUCCACCUGACUUUAAUGCCACGAGCAAAUUCCCAUCACAUCAUGUGCCGUUAUGGGAAGCAUCUUUGCUUUGGCGUGAGCCAAUUGCUUCCUUCUUGCCUUUCACUUUGUACUGUUAUGUAUGCUUAUUUAGUGAGAUCCCUAUCCAACUUGGAGAAGAAUUGCUUAAAAAGCUACCAUCCCUUGAAGGAACGAUACCUGAUGUAAUCAGGGACUGUUUAUUUUCUCAGCAUCCGUAUAUGGAUAUUGGAUCAGGUACUAUCCAUAAUACAAGCAAAGUAAUUGAAGGCACGUUUCUUGAUUUGCUGGCACAAGUAAAAAGUAAACAACACUGGGCAAUCGGCCCAUUUCUGCCAACUAAACUCGAUCAUGUGUCAAAUAGGAACAGUAUAUGUUUGGAGUGGCUGAACUAA